UUGUCAAGAUUUUAAAAUAAUUCAACAUCAUUAGGCACGCAAUCAAAAUAUAUUUGCUACUCAUAGGAAUAGAACAUCAAAAUGACUAUGUGAAAUUAUAUUGGAACAGAAAAACGAUAGACAAUGAAGUGUGACGCCAGGGAUGACGUUGAAAAAGUGGCAGUGAUCAGGUCCGAGGACGGCAAGCUGGAAGGCUGGGGGUACAGACACCAGCAAUGUGUCAUCCUUUUCUUAUGCCUGACGACGUGCUACAGCAUGCGCGCCUGCAUGGGCGUCUCACUCGUUGCAAUGACAACGAGCAGUACAACACGUGCAACUAUCUACAACCAUACAAAUCUCACCAGCUACAAUGCCAGUGAUUACAAAGUUAAUGGUAUCUUGAGCGCACUGUUGCUUACUUAUCCGUAUCCAAUAUUCAAAUGGAACAAGAAGACACAGGACGCGAUCCUGGCGUCGUUCUUCUGGGGCUACAUGGUGCUGCAGGUGCCGGCUGGGCAGCUCGCACACCGCGUGGGCGCGCGCCGCCUGCUUGCCGCCGCCCUAUUCGUCAAUGCGCUCGUCUCGUUCUGCUUGCCCUGGGCCGCAUAUUAUGGAGGAUGGGCAUGGGUCGCAGUGUUUAGGAUAAAGCAGGGCUUGAGUCAAGCCUGCAUCAUGCCGGGCAUGCACACAUUGCUCGGUAAAUGGACACCGCUGAGAGAGAGGAGCCGUCUAACUGCCUGGGUGCAUGGGGGGCAUGCCUUAGGGCCAGUGUUGGGUCUUCCAGUGACAGGCUUCAUCGCGUCCUCCUCGGUGGGUUGGCCCGGCGUGUUCCGCUUCUACGGAGUCCUGGCAGCGCUCGUAGGCGCGCUAAUCUGGUGCCUGACGGCCGACACGCCGGCCAAACAUCCUAAUAUAUCAUACAGCGAGAAAGAAUAUAUUGAAAAUGAUAUAGGCUCUAGUGAUGACUCACAGAAAGCGAUGUCAGUUCCGUGGCGUAAGAUAUUGAGUCACCGCGGUAUGUAUGCCAUUGUAGCGGCCCACAUCGCGCAGGCGUGGGGCCAGCUCAUUCUAUACGGAGAAUUGCCGGACUUUAUGGAUAAAGUCAUGGGGGUCAACAUUAAAGCGAACGGCAUGCUCACUGCCCUGCCAUUCCUUGUCAUGUGGUUCACCAACUUCUUCUUUAGCUGGGCUGCUGACAAACUGAUCGUCAAGAAGAUACUCAGUGUAACGCACACGAGGAAACUUGCUACAUCUGUUGGUAGCCUUUCAGCUGCAAUUGGUCUGAUCGUGCUGGCGUUUGUGCCAAAGAAAUUAGUGAUCGUAGAAAGUGUUCUGGUGGUACUUGUCGGACUCAAAGUGGCGACUCACGCGGGAGUCUACGUGAACAACAUCGACAUAUCGCCGAACUUCUCUGGCACUUUGAUGAGCAUUAGCAACUUCAUAUCUAAUUUAUGCGCCUCCCUGGCACCCAUCGUGAACGCCUUCAUACUGACAGACGUUACAAGUGAAUAUCUUUGGAGGAAGGUAUUCUUCGUCACUGCUGGUAUAUAUUUUGUUUCCAAUCUUGUCUAUUUGAUUUGUGGGACAGCUGAGCGAGCUGAAUGGAACGACCCACCGCAAAAAAAGAAUACCACAAAUGUUGAAGAGUGUAAUCCUAUGCUGGAUACGGCAGGGAAGUGACGAAUUAUAAUUUUAAUUUCCACUAACAUUUAAAUAAAUAUUUUGUAUAAAAUUA